GGCCGCACCACGCCUGUUCGCCUCUCGCGGGACCCAGCCCCAGCGGGACCCACGCGGCCACGCCCCACGCCUUCAUUCCUCCCUUUCUCGGCCUCAACCGCUUCCUUUUUCCCCUUGUACCAUUUGUCCAUUUUCGUGUCCCACCAGUCGCGGUCGGGCGAUUCCGUCUCUGGCAUAGCAAGCAGGCGCGUCCGGGCCGUCGAGGUCGAGCUGUGGAUCCACGCGGAGAUGCAAGCGCCACGUGGCGAUGGCUUCCUCGGGAAGCGGAAGGAGCGCGACUAUUGCCCGCAUCCCUCAGUGUCGCCGACGGAGCAGGCAGCCCCGCUGCAGCGGCAACCGCCGCCGUUCGCUAGGCCCGACCCGCGUGGCGUCAAGCUGGAUCGCCCGGCGGUGAGGUUUGGCGCGAAGCCGCCGCUCCCUCAACAGGGGGCCAAGGUCGGGGGCAACGGCAACAAGCUGCUGGCAGGGUAUCUGGCGCACGAGUUCCUGCGGUGCGGCACGCUCCUCGGCGAGCGGAGGCUCGAGCCACCCCGCCUGAAGGAGAAGGAUCCCGCCGCCCCCUCCCCCGCCCCAACCCCCGCUCCGGAGCCGAGCAGGCGCUACGCGGACGUUUCGCGCCUGCUUAUGACGGGCGGGGCCCGCAUCCCCGGCGUCGUCAACCCGUCACAGCUCGGACGCUGGCUCCGGAUUAAGGAGUGACCGGGUGGCCAUGACACUGGUGGCCGCGGCCCGCGGCAUGGCCGCAUUGCCUACUGCUUCGCCUCGGCGGCGGCCGAUCAGAGGAACCGUUGCUUUUGAACGUAGCAGGCUGGUUUGUCAUUCCUCUGUCUUUCUUUCCCUUCAAAAUUUUCGUGUGGUAAUUAGCAAAUGAACUCCUCCUGUCAAAAAUUUAGUGUAGUUGUUGGAUGAGAAACUGGAGACGGUACACUGGUACUGUUGCUAGCUUUCGCUGAAAUCCUCUUCAUCGGCAAAAACCUGUGAUGCAUAUGGCGUGGGUGAAUGAAUCCACCAUCGAUGUAAAUACAUGGUAAUGCUUUGGUAGUAGCAUAAGAAGUGUCUGUUACUGUAAC